AGCACAACAUUAAUUGUCUUUUAUCUCUCUGAUGUGGUGAACCUCUUUUAACAUCAGACUAGUUUAUUGUUAAGAACAAUAUGUUUUCUUCGUUGAAGAAAUCCUCAAUUUCGUUAAGUUUAAUUUUAAUAAUUUCUCUAACUUUACCUUCUUGUAAUGGAGUUCAAAAACUAUGUGGCAAAAAAUUGAAUUAUACUUUGGCUUUGAUUUGUCGAUUUGGAUAUGGAGCUAAAUUGCGUCGAUCAAUUGAACCUUUGGAAAAUGUUGAUAAAACUAACGAAGACGAUGAUAGUCCCCAAUCUGAUGAUGCAAUUGCUGAAUUACCAUUUUUUAAGAAAUUUCAAAUGAGUGCUUUGGCAAAAAUACGAAGGAAAAGAAAUGGAAUUGCUGACGAAUGUUGUUUGAAGCCUUGUACAAUAUCUGAGUUACGUUUAUAUUGCAAAUACGACCAAUGAGGUUUUUGCUUAAUCAUGAAUAAGUCGACUGCGUAUUUUGAAACUUUACUAAUUUCAUAUUUCUACAAUUACACUUAAUGCAACUUAAAUUUUAAUAAAUUUUGCAAGAUUAUUAACAAAUUAA